AUGUCUGGUGUUAAAAAAUUUAUUCCAUUAUUAGAUCGUAUAUUAGUUGAAAAGAUUUCAAAUCAAGCAACUAAAACUUCAGGUGGUAUUUUCAUUCCAACCAACAAAGAUGCACCAACAAACAAUGCUAAAGUAAUUGCAGUAGGUACAGGUUCAGUUAAAUUAGAUGGUUCAUUUAUUGAUCCAAUCGUAAAAGAAGGUGAUAUUGUUUUAAUUAAUCCAAAAGCAAGAUCAAAUACUGUUCCAUGGGGUGAUAAAACUUAUCACUUACUCAGUGAAAAUGAUAUUUUAGGUAUAAUUGAAAAUUAA